AUGUCGAUCACCGACUCAGACAAGGAGGAGGCUGGACUUAUUGAGAUUCAGAGGCUACUCUUAAAGAAUGGAAGGUCACUAGACGACUACCCAUCGCUGCCAAAACCAAGCUCCACCGAAUUCUUGGACACAAUAAACAACUUGCUACUCCAAGAACUCAGUUAUGACAAAGAUGCUUGUGCCGCAGAUGCUAUAAGGUUAGCAAUGUCACUAACAGAUGAGCAAAGAAAGAUAUUCCACGAAGUCCUUGACGCGGUUAGCAGGAAAACCGGUGGGUUCUACUUCGUCUACGGUUACGGGGGCACUGGCAAGACUUUCCUCUGGAAUGCCCUGACUAUGGCUGUACGAGCAAAUGGCGACGUGGUCAUCAACGUCGCAUCGAGUGGAAUAGCAGCGACUCUACUGCCCUCAGGAAGGACUGCUCAUUCGAGAUUCGCGAUCCCCAUCGACAUAACUGAGGACUCCACAUGUAACAUUAGCCACGGUUCUCCUGUGUCUCAUUUACUACGGUCCGCAAAAUUAAUCAUCUGGGACGAGGCCCCAAUGAUAAAACAGCAUUGUGUGGAGGCUGUAGAUCGAUCAUUAAAGGAUAUAAUGAGGUGCGACCUCCCAUUCAGUGGCAAGUGCGUCAUCAUGGGGGGUGAUUUUAGACAGAUCUUACCUGUCAUACCGAAGGGAUUCCGUGCCGACAUUAUCAACGCGGCUAUAAACUCAUCCGCACUUUGGCUGUCGUGCAAGCUGUUCAAGCUCACUAAAAACAUGCGCCUGCAGUUUGCUGCUGAGGCAAUAGACCAGAAAAAGGUUAGUGAAUUCUCCAGAUGGUUGCUUGACGUUGGUGAUGGUACAAUUGGGCUGCCCCAUGAGGGCACGACGGACAUUGAGAUCCCAGCCGAUUUCCUCAUCACUGACUCCCUUGACCCUAUCAACUCUAUAGUCUCGUCUACAUAUCUCGCACUCCAACAGAACAUAACACAUCCAAACUACCUCACAGAAAGGGCGAUUUUAGCCCCCACAACUGAUGUCGUCGACCAGAUAAAUGAUUACAUGCUGUCGCUCCUCCCUGGAGACCCCGUUCAGUAUCUCAGUUCUGACUCCAUCUCUAGCACCGAUCAGGAUAGCAGCUCAUUUGAGGAUCUGUACUCCCCGGAAUUCCUCAACACAAUAAAUUGCUCUGGGAUGCCGCCCCACAAGCUCUCUUUGAAGGUUGGAAUACCAGUCAUGCUAUUGCGAAACAUCGACCAGUCUGCAGGCCUAUGCAACGGAACGAGGCUUCGUAUCACGUAUCUGGGCAAAAACUUUAUCAAGGCGGUAGCGUUAAAUGGAACAAGCACAGGUAGGGGUGUUCAAGAAUGA